UGUGAACCUGGCUUUAGACUACAAGAUGCCCAAUGCGUAGAUAUUGAUGAAUGUGCCGAAGGUAUCAGUGGUUGUCAGAUGUGUGUCAACACCGAGGGUAGCUAUGAGUGUACCUGUCCUUCGGGUUAUGAUUUGGCCGAAGAUGAAAAAACUUGUAUUGACAUAGAUGAAUGUGCCAUAGUGUCCGAACAGGAUGAAUAUGCCGCCGCAUAUAAGGUAUGUUCGCAUGGAUGCCGUAACACUGAAGGAUCCUUCGAGUGUUUCUGUCCACCCAUGUAUCAUUUGAUCGAAGAUGGGCGUACUUGUGCCGUCGAUUCCUGUGCUGAUUUAGAAAAUCCCGCCCUAAAUAAAACACGUUGUUCGUAUGAGUGCACCGACAUGGCUACUGGUGGUUUCCAAUGUCACUGCCCUGAGGGUUAUGCUUUGGUCGACACCUAUAACUGUGUACAAACUCAAACUGUGUGUGAACGUAAUGGCGACGUGUGUUCUCCCGGUUCUUGCCAGGAAGCAGAAAAUGAGUUCGGUUUUCAGUGUAUUUGUCCAGUCGGAUAUCGGGAAGAAAACAACCGCUGUGUAGAUAUCAACGAAUGUGAGGAGGGAACCCAUGAGUGCUCUCACCAUUGUGUAAACACUGAGGGUAAUUAUCUCUGUCAAUGUCCCCAAGGAUUUGUCCUGCCUUAUGUAACAGCCCACAACUGCGAAGAUGUUAACGAAUGUGAAGUACAGCCAGGAAUAUGUGGAGAAACUCUGAAAUGCGAAAAUGUCCCUGGUUCGUUUACAUGCCUUUGCGAGGAUGGUUCAGCUCCAAAUGCUGAGGGUAUUUGUGUUAGUGAAAAAGUAAAUCCCUGUGCUGAGAGUCGUUGCUCGCAUGAAUGCAUCCCCGAAGGUGAUGGUUAUCGUUGUGAUUGCCCUGUUGGAUGGACUUUGGAUGAGUCACAAUUGACUUGCGUCCAGUCGGAGGUUUGCGAUGCCAAUCGUAAUGGCUGUGAUCACCUAUGCAAUACAGAUGGUACCUGCUCCUGCUUGGAAGGGUACACCUUGGAUAUCAAUGGUAAAACUUGCUUGGACAUUGAUGAGUGCCAAGUGAACAAUGGUGGUUGCCAUCAAUUGUGCAUCAAUGUUGAAGGUGGGUUCACAUGUUCAUGUCACAAGGGUUUCGAGUUCCUCGAUGGCCCUUUGCGGGAUUAUUGCUUUGACAUAGAUGAGUGUGCUUUGGGCUUACACAAUUGCGCCGCAGAUAUGACAUGCGAAAAUCUUAAUGGAUCAUUCACUUGUCUUUGUCCCAGGGGUUAUGCUCUGGGCAUGCCCAUCAUCCAUCCAUUAACAUCUAACGAAGUCAUUGAGAAUUCAUUUGAUCAUCAUUUGUAUAAUACAUCAUCCGCGUCCGUCUCAUCGCCAUCACCAUCAGAUUCAUUAGCUUCUCAGUCAUGCUUAGACAUCGACGAGUGUUCCAUUGAAAAUGGUGGCUGUAGUCAUUUUUGUAUGAACCUCCCCGGGUAUUACGAGUGUUCAUGUCCUCCCGGUCAUUUGCUAUCAUCGGCUGACAAUAAGACCUGUAUACUGGUCGAUCAUUGCUUACGAGAUAACGGUGGUUGUUCCCAUGCCUGCAACACACGCAAUGGUCAGGUGGAAUGUUCCUGUCCCGUAGGAUUCCAUUUGGACUCGAAUGGGCGCACCUGCCUGGACAAUGAUGAGUGCUUCAUAUCGAAUGGAGGCUGCGAACACAUUUGCCAAAAUAAUAUCGGCAGCUAUUCAUGUUCAUGCCGCGAAGGCUUCACCCUUUCAUCCAAUGGUCAUGCUUGCCUGGACAUCGAUGAGUGCAUCGAUGGUGUGGCGAAUUGUAGUUUCAUUUGUAUAAAUCUUUUAGGUUCGUAUGCCUGUUCGUGUGAGGCCGGCUUCCAAUUGGCCGACGAUGAGAGGACCUGCUUGGAUAUUGAUGAGUGUGCCUUGGGCAAACAUGAUUGCUCACACGAUUGUCUCAAUGUGGAUGGAGGCUAUAAGUGCUCCUGUCCCCAGGGUUAUUAUUUGGGUGAGCAUCAAUCGGUCUGUGUCGAUUUGAAUGAAUGCAUUGCCGAAGAUCAUGGCUGCAGUCACGACUGCUACAACACCAUGGGAUCCUAUUUGUGUGCCUGUCCAGAUGGCUUCACUUUGUCCAGCGACGAGAAGACUUGUAUUAAUUCUAUGUGUCUUGAGAACAAUGGUGGCUGUUCACACAACUGUGAUCCCGAUCAAGGUUGCUCCUGUCCAUCGGGUAUGAUUUUGGGUUUGGAUGGCAGGACCUGUGAAGAUGUCGAUGAGUGUUCGGCCGAUAAUGGUGGCUGUGCCUUCAAAUGUGUGAACUUGCCGGGUUCGUAUGAAUGCGUGUGCCCAGAUGGUUCCAAGCCAGCCAAUCCUUUCGAUGCCUGUCCCAAUACAUGCCCUGCCGGUUUUACAUUUAGCCGCGAUGACCCUAACCAGUGCGAAGAUAUCGAUGAAUGUUCUCUACCGGGUGUAUGCCAAUAUCAAUGCCGCAAUACAAAUGGUUCGUAUGAGUGUUUGUGCCCCAAGGGUUAUCGUUUAGAAAAUGGUCGCGAUUGUCAGGAUAUAGAUGAAUGUGCCAUCGAUAAUGGUGGUUGUGUGGGUGGGGAAUGUAUUAAUCACAAAGGUGGUUACGAAUGUCGCUGUCCCUUGGGCCAACGUUUGGCUGCGGAUCGCAAGACCUGCGAAGUGAUACAGGAAUUACGUGAUCAAUGCCAUCCCUUGUCAGCACCACCAAAUGGUGCCAUACAUUGCACCAAAUAUCGCCACAAGAAGAAACGUUUCUACCAAACACGUUGCAAGGUCUGGUGUAAUCCCGGUUAUGUUUUGCAAGGCCCCACACAUCGUUACUGCAAUGCCAGUGGCCAAUGGGAUCAACAUGAUAAUUUAUGUCUGCCUAAAACAUGUCCACCCCUUGCCACACCUCUAAGCGGUGUCAUUACACCAUUAUCCUGUCUACUGGGCCAAAGUGGUGUGGGUGAGCAAUGCCAUCUGAAAUGUAAUGCUGGCCAUGUGCCAGUUGGAGCAUCAGUAGCUGUCUGCACAUCUCAGCUGCAAUGGUCGUAUAAUGGCACAUUUGACUGUUUGCCAAUGCAAACUGAGCCACGUCUGGGUGUCUCAAAUGGUUUCACACCUUUGGCGCUGCCAAAUGCACCACCCACCUUUACAACGGCCACAACAGUGCACAGCACACAAUCAACCUUCAAUGGACGUCCUUUGCCUGAUUUUGGUUUUAAGGUGACACCUUAUGGUGGUAGUGGUGGCGUUGGUGGUGUACAACGACCUUAUAUUAAAUGUCCCCGCAAUACUACUGUGUACUUGGGCCCCUCAGAGCGUACAACUCAUGUCAUUCUACAGAAGCCGAUCACCAAUUUAGAUUAUCGUUAUAUCGAAUCAUCACCAGCAUGGACAAGAGAUUUACAGGCCCAUUUGGGUCCUGGUACCUAUGUAGUAAUAUUCCGUGGUCACGACCCUAUCACCGGAAAGAAGGCACGCUGUAAGACAGUUAUCCAUGUUAAACAUGCCGAAGGACCUGUGGUAGAAUAUUGUACACCAUCAUUUGAAGUUUCCUUGGGCGAGAAUCAAAUAUUCCGUUCCGUUGUCUGGGAGGAACCGAGAUUUAGUAACAAAUAUGGACCCAUUAAGAAGUUGUAUAAAUCUAGGCUUCCUGGUGAACUGUUUAAUGUGGGUGUUCAUAGCGUCUACUAUGAGGCAACCAAUGAAGAUGGACUCACGGCCAGAUGUGAAUUUAAGAUACGCGUUAACGCUGCUGGUGUUUCAUCGCAAAAUCAUUUAACUUCCAAUUCCAUUGAAUAUGGCGGUCAUAUAUCCAAAACUCCCAAGUUACCCACUUUCCAGACCAUUUCACGUCCUAGUCCA